AUGAUCAGAGAGGUUGACGGUAUUCAAAGCUUCACAUUCAGCCUUCUUAAUCAACGAGUGGAUUGUAUCGCCCAGAAUGGAGACCAAUACACGCUGCGGGUGUCAAUGUUAUAUUUAAUCAGUGGACGACAUUGGUGUAUUAGUCGACUGGAGUUUAUACACCUCGUCGGCCAGAUUAAUGAAGUUCUAAUCUCUAAUCUCCUAGAUUCGUUUGAGACUUCUUGUCUGGAUUUUUCUGCCUGUUUUCGGGUAAUUUUAUCAGCGCACCGUAUCAUUUUCGUUAGGAUGGCUCCUUUUCAAGAGUAG